ACUUGAAGCGCAGAUAGUGACUGCAGUAGAUCGCUGGAGCUCGAACAGUGAAAAUGGCGUCAUUGAAUGUAUCAGCAGAAGAGCUUUCUUGUCCUGUUUGCUGUGAGAUCUUCAAGGCUCCUGUUAUUUUAUCAUGUAGUCACAGUUUCUGUAAAGAGUGUCUCCAGCAGUUCUGGACAACCAAGAAAACUCAGGAGUGUCCCGUCUGCAGGAGAGACUCUAAACACGAUCCUCCAGUUAACCUUGCGUUAAAAAACCUGUGCGAGUCGUUCCUGAAGGAGAGAAAUGAGAGUCAUUCAUCAGGAUCUGAGGAGAUCUGCAGUUUACACAGUGAGAAACUCAAACUCUUCUGUCAGGAGGACAAACAGCCGGUGUGUUUAGUGUGUAUAAACUCACAGAAACACGACAAUCACACAUUCAGACCCAUCGGAGAAGCGGUUUCCUCAUAUAAGGAGGAGCUCAAUACAUCACUGAAGUCCUUACAAGAAAAUCUGAAACAUCGUGAAGAAAUGAAAGGAGAGUUAGAGAAAACAGUUGAACACAUCAAGUCUCAAGCUGAGCACACAGAGCGUCAGAUUAAACAGCAGUUUGAGAAGCUUCAUCAGUUUCUCAGAGAUGAAGAAGAAGCUACAGUCACUGCACUGAGAGAGGAAGAGGAGCAGAAGAAGCAGAUGAUGAUGGAGAAGCUGGAGGAGAUGAACAGACACAACUCAGCUCUUUCACACUCAAUCAAAGACAUGGAGGAGAUGAUGAAAGCCAGUGACGUCUGCUUUCUGAAGGAGUUUCCAGUCACGAUGGAAAGAGUCGAGAUCUCAUCACAGCCGGAUCCACAGACUCCUUCUGGAGCUCUGAUUCAUGUGCCGUGUUACUUGGGCAACCUGCCCUUCAGAGUCUGGAAGAAGAUGCAGGACAUCGUCCAGAACACUCCUGUGAUUUUGGAUCCAAACACGGCUCAUCCAGAUCUCAUCGUGUCUGAUGAUCUGACCAGUGUGGAAUACAGCGGGAACAAACAGCCUCUUCCUGAUAAUCCAGAGAGAUUUGACAUCUAUGACUGUGUUCUGGGUUCAGAGGGUUUUAACUCAGGAACACACUGCUGGGAUGUGGAGGUUAAGGAGAGUUCAUGCUGGAGUCUUGGAGUAACUACAGCAUCAAACCGGAGGAAGGGAGAUGAUUUCUAUAACAAUGAUGUCUGGAGUGUGCGAUAUGGACAGUUUGAACAGGAUCUUGAGUGUGUGAGAGUGUAUCUGGACUAUGACAGAGGAACGGUGUCAUUCUCUGAUCCUGUAACUAACACACAUCUACACACAUUCACAACCACCUUCACUCACACACUCUUCCCAUUCUUCUAUUGUGAUUCCUUUCAGUUGUGUUCUUCCUCUCUGAGGAUCCUGCCGUUCACUAAUUAUUAAAUGUUACUACUGUAGGUUUGGAUCAUCCUGCUUUAAUCUUUUACAGUCAUCGUGUUUCCAAUAUUUAAUCUAUAUCACAGUGCUGUUGAUCUGAAUAUCAGUACGGCUUUGAUUGGGCCGUGAUGAUCACAACAGAUCAAUAAAUUUUAUACAUUUAUUAAAUUUGAUAAAAAUAAAUAAAUUUUCAUUUAUAUUCCACUUUAUAUGAUUAGACCAAUCAUUUUAGCAUUCAUGUUUUCUGGCAAAUUGCAAUUUACCCAAUUAUUUAAAUGAAGUGUGUGUGUGUUUGUUGAUUUCUAAACGUUUCACAUCAUGAUUAUAUAUGAUUAUGUACAUAGGCACAUUUUCAAUGUUUGUCCAACAUGAGCCUAAAGGAAUAAUUAUUUCAGAACAAAUUAUGAUAAUCUCUUGAACUGUUUUUUUUUAAAUAAAUGUGUGAUUGUGAUUUCAGCACCAUUUUCAUAAUUAAAUAUUAAAUGUUUGAGUAUGAUAAUACAGUUUUAUGUCACGUGUUAUAUGCAUGUCUGAGCCUGCUAUUCCCUCCACCAGCCACAUGAGGGAUUCCUCUCCCAAAGUUUGACUUCUGUCACAGCUGAUUCUCUUUUGCUGCCAUUACUCAAUGAAUACUGUAUAUAGACGCUCUGGUUCAUUCAUUCUUUGCAAAGUCUUGCCAAAACCUGUAUUGCAAUUAUGAGGAGUUUCCUUUGUAUUUUGGACCUACCCUAUGUUUCGAUUCCUGCCUAUUUAUUCUGUGCUCAGGUCUCUGGUUUGGUGUUCUGGAUUUACUGUUUGGACUAUAUGGUUUGUUUUCGGUUUUGACUUCCCAAUUGUUCUGCAGCAUUGUUUCCGGUUUGCCCAAUUAAAAAGACAUUUUCACUAAUGGA